UGCCUAUCUUUGCCAGCUGCUGUUGGAUGGCGGAGCAGAUGUAAUGGCAAAAAAUCAGGAUGGCGACACAGUGUUGCAUACAGCGGCUGCUCAUUGUAGACUUGACGCCUGCCGAGUCAUACUGCAGAAUGGUGGGGACGUUUGCGCCAGGAAUCGGAUUGGCAACUCUCCGUUACAUGUAGCGGCAAGCACUGCACAUGCAAGCAUCUGUGAAUUGUUCAUUGCAGCGAAUGCAGAUGUUCUUCUCAGGAAUAAUGACGGACACACGCCCAAAGGUGUCUUGCCACGUACAUCCGGUAAUGCUGGCAAGAUUAUUACCCAGGCAGAAAAGAAGCAAAAAUUCGACAAGUUAAUUCAAAUGGGGACUGAGCCUGUCAACAUUGUGAAGCUGUUUCUGGUCGGCGAUCCCAAGGCAGGCAAGACAACCCUGCGAAAAGCUUUGAUCAAGUUACGCAGGUGGUUGGCAUUUGUGAAGGCUGGGCAUGACUAUGCCUACCAAACCAAGCCUGACGUAGUCAUUGUGGCAACCCAUCUCGACCAGAUGACCAGCGAAACAGACGGAAAGACGGCUGCCGAUUCCAUUUUGCAGCAAGUGAGGUCUGAAUUCGACAACCACCUAAAUGUGUUGAAUGAAGUCUUUGUCAUCAACAGUAUCAAAUUCGGCUCGAAGGCAAUGGCUAGACUACGUCACACGUUAGAAUGUCUUGCGACAAAGAUAAAGGGUAGCAGAAGGAUGCCUCAUCUAUGUGAAGAGAUUAGAAGAAUGAAGCAUACAUGGUACAAGGCAAAGUACCCGGUCAUCUCAUGGAAUAAAUUCUGUUCUAAAGUCAAAGCCGUGAACAGACUUGCUGAUGAUAAUCUCAUCAGGACCGCAGCUGUCUUUCUGACAGAUAUGAGUGAGAUAUACUUCAAGAAGCAAUGUGGGGAUAUGGACUGGGUAGUUCUAGAGCCGAGGUGGCUCAGUUGUGUCAUCAUUGGCCGGAUGUUUGCAGGAGAAGACUUCCCUGGUCACAGUGAUCGUCUUGACAAGAAGCAGCUAUACUCAAUUUCUGAUAUCAGAAAAUUGUUGAAGGAUGUUGCUAAUGUGUACAAUUUGUUGGAUCUACUGCAGCAUUUAGAGUUGAUCUAUCACUAUAAUGAGACCCAUUAUAUCAUACCAGCCAGAUUACCUACCAAUUUGGACCCGGUGGUUUGGAGUAAAGAUACUCGUUUCACCGAAUAUUAUGGGCGCAGAGUUGAGUGCAGGGAUAUUACUGACAUCUUCUCUCCUGAUGUCUUUCCUUGUCUACAAGUACGAAUUAUGAGAUGGUUUUGUGAUGGACAUGGAAAGGUAGCUAUCUCAAGGCAGUCACUCAAGUUUUCGGGAAAAAUUGAAGGUAUGAUUCAACUUACUGGUAAUCAAAAGGCAAUUCACAUAUGUGUACGAGGACGAUCAGGCAAGGAAGAUAGGAGUGCAUGUUACUUCCAACUGGAGCAUGUGUUGGGGAUGGUCCUGAGUGAGUUGGCACAGAGAUCACCAGGUACGGCCAUUAACAUCUGCUACCUGAGUCCAAGAUCACUGCUACAACAUGAAGACUUGGGAGAUAUCUUAUUCUACACAGAGACAGAUGUAGAACUUGCUAAGCAAGGAGUAGUUGUACACCCUCAAACAAGAAAUACAGAGCUAAUUGCUGAUAUAUUCUGUGCUGGGUAUGACAGCACGUUCCUGCGGCGUGAAGGGUUAGAAUGCAACAGCUCUUGGCUUCUAGAGGAAGACUUACAAGCUCUGUGCAGACGCUUAGAUGUCAUCCAUCCACUGGGGCAAGAUUACAGAGCACUGGCUGAGGCACUGGGGGUGUCUGAGUCAGAGCUUGAUUACAUCUAUCAGAUAUGUCUACGAAGAGACUCUUCACCAACAAGGGCAUUACUAGACCGUUGUCAACCGACUGUUGGACAACUCAGGGCUAUUUGUCGACAUCCUGGUCUAGUGGGCAACAAAGAAGCAACAGAUGUCAUUGAUGCAAUGCUGGAAAGAUUUGGGCACAAGGUGAAUGACGAAGAAUCCAAGAUUACAGCUGAGGAUGGUUUUAAACCUAACAGUAUCAGUGUUGAGAUACUGGUUUGGCGGGAAGACUUAAGACAACAAGCAAACAACUUGCGGGGGGUAUUAGACCCAGCGUCACUCUUAGCAGGAUGCGCCCAUCUGUUUGAUGCCAGUGACCAGGAAGAGAUUGAAGCAACUCAGCAAAUGCUGGGCAGGACCAAGGCAGUAGAUAGAAUGCUAUAUAAAGUCAUCAAGUCGCAGCGAGUGGAGCUGUACCAUGAAUUCUAUGGAGCACUAGAGAUGCUGCAGAACAUGGGAAAAGUUGUUGAUGCUUUAACUGAGGUAAUUCCCAAUUCUGAGGGGUCUUACAAGGACUACAUUAUACCCCCUGCUAAACCUUCAGCAGCACAACUAGACUCAAAUAAUAGCUACUGUAUGUGGAAAGAGAGCAAGGGAUUGGCCUAUGUGUUGAAUAACAGUGACUUCCAUGGCAAGAGAAGGCAGGGUUCAGGGGUGGACCUAGGUAACAUAUGUCAUGUCCUACAGGAACUGGGCUAUGUGCUGCAAGUGCACACUAAUCUAACAGCUAAGGAUACACUGGACAGCCUGGCUAGGUUUGCCCGUCGAUUUGAUGGUACUGAGUUCUGCUCAGCUUUGGUAGUUCUUAUGAGCCACGGCAAUACUGGUGUCAUCACGGGAGUGGAUGACAAUUGCAUUAAACUGCGAGACAUUUACUCUCUAUUUGAGGGUCAUCGCUGCCCGGUUCUACUUGGCAAACCAAAGCUGUUUUUUAUUCAAGCCUGCAGAGGAGAUAUCAGGACACAGCUUGUUGAGGCUGACAGUGAUGUCACCGAGUUAGAGCCUGAAGAUCAUUCGGAUGAAGAGAUUAUCACAACCAACUUGCAAGCCGACUAUUCAUUUGCUCAAGAUCUGCCUGGCAAUGCUGAUAUGUUCUUUGCUUAUGCAACUACAGAAGGUAACAUAUCCCUUCGUAGUCAAGUUGCUGGUUCUUGGUUUAUUCAAGCAAUUUGUGAGGUGUUCAUCAAGUGGGCUGCACAAGAUAGCCUUGAUGUACUCAUGAAUAAGGUUACCAACAGGGUGGCAUGUCAACGAGGUGAGAUUCGGGAUCCUCUGACCCACAAACUAAAAGCUGCUUCACAAACACCAGAAUGCAUCAAACGUAUGAGGAAAAACAUGUACUUCAUGCCCAAGUAUCCCAACAGUUCCCAAGCAGGUGCAACCUGGAUGUAACCAAGUCAAAUUGUCUCUGUAGACAUGAUCUCCCCAGUCCAUCAAAUACACCUUCUUGUUUUUUGACAAGACUAACAUGGAAUUCAAAAGUAUCAAUUUAAUAGACUACAGUCAUCAAAUAUGUACAUGCACUUGUAUGUGCUUUGUUGCAUUGCAUCAAAAUAAAUGUAACCAAAUCAGACACAGUUUUGUUCAUUGAGAUAUGUUAUUCAGUGGGCGUCUGCACAGGUGCUGUGAGGCCCAUUCACAACAAACUGGGAAGGGCAAGGUACAUGCACUGUACCCUUCAUUUUGUAAUUGUAAGAACCACACCCACAUUAUAAGCAUGCCAGUUAGGUUCUUGUAUGAGGCCUGUCUACACAUUCCUUUUUAUGGCCUGUAAAUAUGCCCAACAUUUAGAGUGAAAAGUCUGAAAUCAGGCUUUUGCCUGGAAAGAGAUAUCUGUGAUACCAUAUGAGUUUUGCGAGGACCCAAACAAUAUGGCAACUUGCCUUACUAUGUUGUUUGACAAAGGGUUAAAAUAAGUGACUGUGUUUGGAUAUAGUGAAACUGUAGUUGAAAUGGGGGUUCACAUGAAGGCUCGAUGGACAUGAUUAAAAGAAGUUGAAAUGCAAUGGAAUUGUAACUUUAUCAUGAGACGGAUAAUUAAAUGGAAAUGAUUGUUACAUGUUAAGUCUCCACAAUUCAGUCAAUUUUUUCAAAGAAAAAUCUUCCAUACAGUACUGUACCAUUAGGGGCCCAGUUCAUAAGUGGAUGGCUCAAGCUACACACUGCAUGUAUAAUCAUGAUUCAAUUCCACACAGGCAAUGGGAUACAAGUGUACGCACUAUCCACCUCUAAAUCUGUUACUUGAAGCAGAUAGCCCUGAAUAUUGUUCUCAUGAAGAAAACUGGAGGGUGGUUGAAGGUGCCACGGACUGUUUGUCAGUCCAUUCAGCACACUCACUUUCACCUGGUUAAGUGCAGGAAUUACAGGUCAUUCAAACUCACACACAGAAUACGGUAACAAUUUUGGAAUCACAUGUACAUAGUAUGCUUUUAUUUCUUACAAGUUACAUGUUAAAAAUUGUUUACAAAACAUUCUUUUUACAAAGCUUAUACAUGAAGUACUUGUUUGUGGCCUGCAUUUUUGAAACUGGGUUUUUCUACUGUACAGUAUUAAGCCUAUUGGUAAAAUACAGCAGUAUAUAUCAUGUAAAAAUAAAAGUACAUUUUCAAACCAAUAUAACAGAUACAUAAUUUUCAAAUAAUCAUUACACGAACAUAACAGCGUGUCGAGUGUGCAACAAAUUUGACUUGGAAAAACAUACCAAUUAUGCCAAAGCGGAAGUUGUUACACAAACUGCAUAACGGUUCAAAAUGAGUUACACAUCUAAAUUCUCCGUACGUAUCCACCCACUUGUUCCAGUUAUUUAGACAUGCACUGCCCUAUGCCACUUAACACUGACCUUGCUCUAUUACAUUCAUGUCAAUGCUUAAACUGUUCCAUUAAACACACUAGUCAAGGCUUUUGACUUGCCGAUGUAUUUCUAUUUCCUAAAAUGUAUAGACUCUCGGAUUUGAUUAGAGUCUGUAACUAGUUUUUUCCAAUUUUAGCAAUGUUUUCUAACUAUAUGAACAUGUGAAUCUCUGUCAAAUGCUUUAAGCUUUGUUAACUUGUACCUGGUAGUUUAAUGUUCUAAUAGAGAUGUAAAUUUGUUUUCUUAUCUUGUUACAGUAAAACAGCCUGGUAGUUUGGUCCAGAUGAAUUUGGCUCUCUAGAUAUUAAGUGUUUGUCAGCAGUUCUAAUUAAUGCUUAUCAUGAUUUUGUUUUGAUUUACUGAGUGCUAAACAGAACAUAUAGAGAGAAAAGACAACUUUAAGAACUGACAUGACUUCAACACCAUGUUUCCUUGAUCCAAUUCAUGUUAUUGCUUUGUCUUACAUACCAUAACAUGUACAGAAUUUACAGCCUUUCAAUAAUUACAGCUUGAUCAUGGCUUUUUUUUUCAUUUCACUGGUUUGAAGGCAUUUGCGUUCUUGGCCUCUUAACUGGCAAGUUGAAGAUGAGUUGCUCCACACAAACAUUAAUUGUGUGCAAAUUUUCAAGUUCACUGAAUGCUGAUCUGACAUCAGGUAACAGUGGUGCAAAAAUUCAAUGGUUUCACUAACUGCUCAUAAUGCUUUUCUAUUGGAUGUUAUAAAUGACAUGAAACUGCAGCAUUCGUAAGGGGCAUCUAGCAUGGUUGACAGUCAUGAAAUGGAGACAGAGGCACCUAUUAUCUCCAAAAAUUGACCAAUUAUUGUCAAGCACUUGGGUCCUCAAGUUUAAAGCAUCUAAUUCUACAAUGAAGGUGCACAAUCACCAAACUGCUUCAAGGAUAUACAUGAACAAUUUCUGUUUGUUUUUUCUGUCUGGGUGCUAGUUGCUUCAAAACACAAAAAUAGAAUCUGAAGUAUUUAAUUUGCAACAUUGGUAGACUGAUUGGCAAGUAACAGAUAUUUAUCAUAUUCACAGUUUCAUUUUUAAAAAGGUUAGAAUUGGUUUCAGCACGGAGCUUAACAAUCCAAGCAAAAAGCAGAAUUAUACACAACUAAUGUGUCUUCAUGUUAUGCAGUGAUUGCUGCAUGCUGGAGGUUAGAGGUCACAUCAUCUUACAAAAAUGGAACACAAGCAAGUCACACGCAACUGACAAAUGCUUUUGUGCACACUCUGGCCUGAGAGUUGAAUAUUUCUAGUCUGGAAGCAUUUCAAGUCCAGUUGCUGUUUGUCUAUGCUUCCUCUACUGCAUAGCAUGUGUGAUGCAGUGAGAAUGGUCACUUUGCCAAUAGAUAUAAUGAACUGCAUGACUAUUUGUUCAUAUAUACAUGUAGCGGGAUCCCUGUGAGCAAGUUAUAUGCUUGAUUUCUUUUUUUUAUUUCUUGCUGUGUUCCAAGGGUACAUAUAUCUGCACUCAACGUACAUAUAUCUGCACUCAACGUACAUAUAUCUGCACUCAACGUACAUAUAUCUGCACUCAACGUACAUAUAUCUGCACUCAACGGUUAUUUGAGCCUUGGGUCCAGGUAAACAAAAACUCAUGGGGCAAAUGUUUGGCAAAUCUUGUCAAAUGUUGUCAUGAAAGGCAUGCUGGGAUGUCUGCAAUGUACAUGUACAAACAGCUCGGCAGACAUCUGAUCCAUUUUGUGAACAUGUCCACAAAUCUCACUGGCUUCCAACCAAGCUUUUUUCAAUUAUCCACAGCUAUCAUGCAACAUGGCUUCUACACCAGUCCUUCAACCAAUGUAGUUCUUGCAAUAUCUUUGGUGAUGCUUUGAUUUUUUGCACACACUUGAUGGGCUGCCCCUCCCCCAUCGCUGCUAGCUUCCUGCUGUAUGGCGUACAACUUACAUAUUAUACAAAGGCUUCUCCGCAAAUUACACUUUUUAGAAAAUAUAGCUCUACACUUGUGAUUUUGAGAAUCUCUGAAUACUUUUAAGUCAACAACCUUUGAAGAAUGCCCAGUGACACUCAUCAGAACACAUGACAAACUUUAAACAAUUUUUUUCGUUUUUUUCUUUUAAAUUUUUUAUGCUCCAGCCAUGGGCUGACAUGGAUUUGUCCAUACUAAUAGACUUCCAGAUUGCUGUACUCUGAACUUACUGAUUACAGCAGCAGAUAUUUAUUUGGUAUAUUACCAAACCCGAAGUAAUUAUUUCAUAGAAAAAUCACAGGUGAGUUCAGAGCACUUGGUUCGAUACCCAUGAUUUCAU